GUCCACUCCCAGUUUAAACAUCACUCUCUACUCUGAAAUAAAUCAACCACUUCUGCAAUAUACUCUCAUUUUUAAACUGUCCCCCAGUUUAAGCUUCAAGAUGGGAUUUUCUAUCCACUGGAGUUGGCUUGCAGCGCUUUUAUGUGCAUUUUGGAUGGGAGCUGGUGUUCGAUGUGCUUGCCCUGAGAGUAAUUUGCAAAUGCAAGGAGGGAAUUACACACUGAGCAACAACCUGGAGAGAGGCAGCAUGUUGGUAUACCACUGUCCUGAGGGCUACUAUCCAUACCCAGCAAUAACCCGCUUAUGUCAGGCUAAUAACUCCUGGAGACCACGACCCAAAAGAUUUCCAGCUCAGAGAUGCAGGCUGAUUGAAUGCCCAGACCCCAAUGUGCUGGAGUACGGAAAUGUCUCCCCCCCUCAGGAGAAGUACUAUGUGGACAACGAGACCACGUAUGAGUGCUACUCUGGAUACACAAUGCGAGGCUCAGCCACACGCGUGUGCUUAAAAAAUGGGAAGUGGAGCGGCUCCACUCCAAUCUGCAGCCGUGACUCUGGGGAUCAUUGCGCUAAUCCCGGUAUCCCACCUGGUGCCUCAAGAGUGGGGAAUAUGUUUGGAAUUGAUGACACGGUGAGAUACACCUGCAAUGGAAACCUGUUUUUGGUGGGCUCCAGCGAACGAGUGUGUCAGGAGAACAGCCAGUGGUCUGGCAAUGAGCCUGCAUGCUACUAUAAACACACCUUCGACACACCACUGGAGGUUUCAAAGGCAUUUGGCAAUUCAAUUAAAGAGAGCCUGACCACUUUAGAGUCCACUGAUGACAUACAGGGGGAGAGAAAAAUCAGGAUUUCAAAAAAUGGCACACUCAACAUUUACAUUGGUGUGGAUAUUUCUGACAGCAUCAGCGAGGAUUAUGUCAAUAAAUCCAGAGACGCUGUCGUGAAACUCAUCACAACGAUUUCCUCCUUUACCGUGACCCCAAACUACGAAAUCACCUUUUUCUCCUCUGAACUCUAUGAAAUUGUCAACAUUAUUGACUUUAUGGACGGCACUGCCAAACUAUCAGAUGUCAAAACUAAAUUAGAAGAAUUUGCUGUUGGUGACAGAAACACGGGAACAAAUCUGAACCUUGUUUUCGAGCAAUUCUUGGAGAAAAUGGCUCUUAUAAAGAUUCGAGCUGGAGAGGAGAAUUUUAAGGAGCAUCGCCACGUCAUCAUCGUUUUUACAGAUGGGGCUUAUAACAUGGGCGGUUCACCAGCACCCACUGUAGCAAAAAUAAAAAACUCAGCAUAUUUGAACCUGGCAGAUGGAUCCAGAGACGACUAUCUUGACAUUUAUAUCUUUGCCAUUGGAGAUGACAUCUUUGAUGAUGACCUAAUGCCCCUCACAGCAGGAACUGGAGGGAACCAUUAUUUCAGAGUUAAGGACUUAGAAAAACUACAAGAGACUUUUGAUGAAAUGAUCGAUGAAGAUGAAGUCAAGGGUCUCUGUGGACUUCACAAAGAGUAUGAGGAUCACCGCAAUGAGCUGAAGAGGAAAAUGUAUCCAUGGAUGGCGUUUAUUUCUACUCAGGCUGACGGUCACUCGAAGAAAUGUAUGGGCUCUCUGGUGACCCCUGAGUUUGUCUUGACUGCUGCUCACUGCGUGUAUGGUUUUUUGCCUGAAAAAGUCACUGUUGAAAUUGAUGAUGGACAACACAAAAUUAAAAAAGCGAAAACUUUAUUUUAUCACCCAAAGUACAAUGUUACUGCCAAAAAGGAUAAAGGCAUUAACGAGUUUUAUGACUAUGAUGUGGCUCUGAUCCAACUGGAGAAAUAUGUUGACAUAUCCACUAAAGUGAGGCCCAUUUGCAUACCUUGCACCCUGGAGACCAAUGCUGCUCUACAUUUGGUGGACCAGAGCUGCCAGUCACAAGAGAGACUUCUGUUAAAGAAUCACCUCGAAAGACUGAAUUUCCUGACAAGGACAAGUAAUGUAGUGGACCUGAAAGAUGUCCACGCUAAGCUUGGUGAUAAUAGAUACGAAUGCAUCAAACAUGCAGUAGGUGUAGAGGGCAUAACGGCUGAUACACUGAGAGACGCUGUGACGGAUAACUUCAUAUGCACUGGUGGUCUACAACCUUUCAGAGAUCAUAUUGCAUGCACCGGUGACUCUGGAGGUGCUGUGUAUAAAAACUUUGAACAUCGCACAAUACAGGUUGCAUUGGUCAGUUGGGGAAGCCAGCAAGUGUGCAGGGACGGUGGUGUUAAAGAAUCAAAGUCAAAUUCCAGAGACUUUCACAUUAAUCUCUUCAAAGUUGUCGAUUUCCUCAAGGCUGUACUUGGAAAACAAGACAUGGACUAUGCACCACUUGAGUUUUUGGAAAAUUAAACACGUUGACAUGCUGCAAUUCAUUUUGGGAUUUCUCGUAUACAGUGUGUGCUUUGUUUAAAACACUGCCUUGGUUUAUUUUUCUAAUUGAAGAACAUAUGAUCAUUCAUGUAUUCUUUUUGUCACACUGUAAACUCACUUUCAUUAUUCAGAAUUUUCUGAAAUAAAACCAAUAAAUGAGGUUUGAGCCAUG